UUAUAAAGCGCUUCCUGGGACGAGGCUGAGGAAAACCACAUGGUGGUGCCUCUCAGCUGAACAGUCUACAGUGAGCUUGUGACUGCAGCCAGCAGGGAGGCUCUGGGACCGUCUUCAGCCCCCAGCAGGCAGACAGCUCCUGUCUCUCACUUCCAGGCAGGGCUGAGGGGACUGUGGAACGGCCGGUCUCCAGGGAGAGAGAGCGCUUGCCCGCCUCACUGUGCCGCCCCUUCCGCUGCAGGGUUGGACUUCUAGGCCAGCCGAUGGCUUUCCUGUGGCUCUUCUCUUUGUGGCUGCUGGUCCCGGGGACUCAAGGUACCAAAGAUGGGGACAUGCGUCUGGUUAAUGGAGCCUCGGCCAAUGAGGGCCGCGUGGAGAUCUUCUACAGAGGCCAGUGGGGGACAGUGUGCGACAACCUCUGGAACAUUUUAGAUGCCAAUGUCGUUUGCCGGGCCCUAGGCUACGAGAAUGCCACCCAGGCGCUGGGCAGAGCUGCCUUCGGGCCAGGAAGGGGACCUGUCAUGCUGGACGAGGUGGAGUGUACAGGGACGGAGCCCUCGCUGGCCAAUUGCAGCUCCCUGGGCUGGCUGAAGAGCCGCUGCGGGCACGAGAAGGACGCAGGCGUGGUCUGCUCCAACGAAACUGGGGGCGUCCACAUCCUGGACCUCUCCGGAGACCUCCCAAAUGCGUUGGGCCAGAUCUUUGACAGCCAGCAGGGCUGUGACCUGUUCAUCCAGGUGACGGGGCAGGGCCACGGGGAUCUGACAAUCUGUGCCCACAAGCUGAUUCUGAACACCAACCCGGAGGCCCAGGCCCUGUGGCAAGUGGUGGGUAGCAGCGUCAUCAUGAGGGUGGACGCGGAGUGCAUGCCCGUGGUCAGAGACUUCCUCAGGUACUUUUACUCCCGAAGAAUCGAGGUCACCAUGUCUUCUGUCAAGUGUUUGCACAAGCUAGCCUCUGCCUACGGGGCCACACAGCUUCAAGACUACUGCGGGCGGCUCUUCGCCACCCUCCUCCCCCAGGACCCCACUUUCCGCACGCCCCUGGAACUCUACGCCUACGCUCAGGCCACCAGGGACUCUGUGCUGGAAGAUCUGUGUGUGCAGUUCCUGGCCUGGAACUUUGAGCCUCUGACGCAGGCUGAGGCCUGGCUGAGCGUUCCCACCGCCCUGCUCCAGGCUCUCCUCUCCAAGAGCGACCUGGCGGUGUCUAGCGAGCUGGACUUGCUGAAGGCGGUGGAUCAGUGGAGCAUGGAGAGCAGCGCCUCCCACGCGGAGGUAGAGCGCCUGCUGGAACAGGUCCGCUUCCCCAUGGUGCUGCCCCAGGAGCUGUUUGAGCUGCAGUUCAACCUGUCCUUGUACGAGGGUCACCGGGAGCUGUUCCAAAGGAAGACCAUGGAGGCCCUGGAGUUCCACACCGUGCCUUUCCGAGUACUGGCCAAGUACCGAGGCCUGAACCUCACCGAGGACACCUACCAGCCCCGACUUUACACCUCCUCAACCUGGAGCACCUUGGUGACAGAGAGUUCCUCGAGGUCACGGGCGGCGGUGCAAGUGUAUGGGUAUGCGCAGUACUAUCCAUAUGGCUAUGAUUCAAGGCGUCGGUACUACCCCUACCAGUCCUUCCAGACCCCGCAACACCCCAGCUUUCUCUUCGUGGACAAGCUGAUCUCCUGGUCAGCCACCUACCUCCCCACUGUCCAGAGCUGCUGGAACUACGGCUUCUCUUGCACCCCCGAGGAGCUCCCCGUGCUGGGCCUCACCAAGUCCAGCUACUCCGAGCCUGCCAUCGGCUAUGAAAACAAAGCGCUGAUGCUCUGCGGAGGGUACAGUGUGGUGGAUGUCGCCAACUUCGCAGGCUCUAAGGCUCCUAUCCCCAGUGCUCUGGAUACCAAUAGUUCCAAGAUUUCGUCUCUCUUUCCCUGCAGCUCGGGGGCCUUCAGCGGCUUCCGCGUGGUCAUCCGCCCCUUCUACCUGACUAACUCCACUGACCUGGACUAGGUGGGUCCAUCUCACUGGUGGGGACUCAGACACCCACGUGUCCCCUUCUUCUGUGUAGCCACUCCCAGCAGCUGCCACCAGAUUCCGCCCCUCCCCCAGCCUCCACUGUCUCUAUGAGCUUUACAUUUUACUGGGUUUCAGCCAGUAUUCACUCCAGGGCCCUACUGCAGGCACAAGCAGGUUCUGUGGGGUGGCUCAGUCUGUCACGGUCACUAAUCUGAAAUCAUUAAAGUCACAUGCUCUCCUCA